AUGGCUAUAUCAAAAGCUCCUCCUGCGUCUUCUGACCCGGCAACGUCAUUGUCCAUCCAUGCCAAGGCCAUCAACUGCUCAGCCCCCGCCACCCACGAGCCUCAGCUCGUCCAGCUCCGCAAUCCCGACCGCUCCCCAUUAACAUCGCAAACCUCAUAUCCUCGAAAACCCCCACGCACCCGAAAUAUGAAGUUCCCCUCCAGCAUCCUCACCCUGCUCCUCAGCAGCCUGGUCGCCGUAGAUGGCUUGUCGCUCUUCGGCAGUCAGAAGGUCCUCGGCGAGGGGGGACCAGUGCCCGGCGACAACCCUCUCACCUUCUGCAAAGCCGACCACUCGUCUGACAUCUUGACGCUGCAGAAGGUCAACCUGAGUCCCAACCCUCCCAAGGCCGGACAAACCCUGAGGAUCGAAGCCGUCGGAACACUGCUCGAAGAUAUCGAGCAGGACGCGAAGGUUAUCCUGCAGGUCAAGUACGGACUGAUCCGGCUGGUGAACACAGAGGCGGAUCUCUGCCAGCAGGUUAGCAAUGUGGAUAUGGAGUGCCCGAUUAAGAAGGGGCCUAUUACCAUCACGAAGGAUGUUGAGCUGCCGAAGGAAAUCCCACCCGGAAAAUACUCCGUCUUCGCUGAUGCGUACACUAUGGAUGGCAAGCAUAUUACUUGCUUGGAGGCUACCGUUCAGUUCAGUAACUCGUAA